UAAAUGAAAAGAUUACUACAAUCGUAACAUAACUCUCAAAAUGGGUGCCAAACUAUUCGGGUUUGUGUUAUUUUGUUUGUGUGUUUCUGCUUCAACCAGCAACACAAUAGAAGACGGCUUCCAACUCACGACCAGAGCCCUCACCGAGUACUUGAACACUGGUGUACGCCCUGGUUACUUCAGCUAUGCCUUGAGUCAGUGUCCUUUACCCAACAUAUUCAGUGGUCACACCGAUGUAAAAGCGGCCCUCGAAGAUUCCCAGGUAUGCUAUCUGUGCAGCCAGAUAGUGGACCUGUUCAUUUCAAAGAGGAGACAGGGGAUGACCGACGUGGAAAUGGCGAAGGAGGCGUCCGAUAUUUGCGUCACUUUGAAAAUAGAGAACGAAAAAGUUUGCGAUGGAGUCAUCAAUGCUAAUCUGGGCAUUGUCACUUAUAUCAUCGACAACAAUCCAGACCUGAAUAGCACCUCAGUCUGUGGACUCGCAUUAACAAGCUACAACUGCGACAGCGGCAACACCUACGAAUGGACUGUCGAGGUUCCUUCGGGGAACACUGUCGAAAAAGUGAAGGCCAAUGGCACCAACACGUUUAACAUUCUGCAUAUUUCCGACAUCCACUACGACCCGCUGUACACUCCUGGCAAAUCUAGUCAGUGUGGAGAGCCUCUGUGUUGCCAGGCCGACCAAGAUGAUGGUUCAGAGGAAGGAACUUCUUGUGGGUACUGGGGUGAAUACGUCAGCGGAGACACACCCAUCCAUACAGUGGAGGAAGCUUUCAAACAAAUGGCCACGCAUGAAUUUGAUUUUGUAUACUAUACUGGUGAUACCAUCAGGCACAGGGUGUGGUCGACAAGUACGGAAAACAACACGAAAGAAAUCAUCACCAUCACGGAUUUGUUCAAAAAAUACUUCAAAGUCCCAGUCUUUACUGCUUUGGGAAAUCACGAACCUCAUCCAGUCAACACUUGGUCUUCUGAAGGAGUAGACGAUCCUAGCGUCUCAACCCAGUGGUUAUUUAACCUUAUAGCUGAGGAGUGGGGGGAGUGGCUGCCAGAGGAAGCCAAGGCGACCUUAUUAAAGGGCGGUUUCUAUACAGUAUCGCCCAAGAAAAGCCUUAGAAUCGUCGUCUUGAACAAUAACGUGUGUUACAAUGAAAAUUGGUGGUUGAUCAAUGACAGUAAAGAUCCUUACGGACAACUAGCCUGGCUUGUUGAGGUGCUGUUGGAAGCUGAGAAAAUGAAGGAAAAUGUGCAUCUUCUGAUGCAUAUGCCCACGGGAACUGGAUCUUGCUUGGCGAGUUGGAGUAGGGAAUAUCGAAGAAUCAUUAGCAGAUUCGCCAACACCGUAACUGGUCACUUUACGGGCCACUCUCACAAAGACGAAAUGUGGGUCUUUUACGACAGUACAGAUUCUUCCAAACCCGUUAGCGUGAACUGGAACGGAGCUUCUUUGAACUCCGAUAAGGCCAAUCCUAGUUACAAGCUUUACCAGGUUGAUGGAGAGACAUACGACGUCCUAGAUUUUGAGGAAUGGACGUUCAAUCUCACUCAGGCCAAUUUAGAUCCUACAAAGGAUGUGGAAUGGUACAAACUCUACUCUUUUAAGGAAGCUUAUGGCGUGGACAGCUUGGAGCCUAGCGCGGUGGACGACUUGCUCGUUAAGAUGACGAAGGAUCACAGUUUAAUCCAGAAAUAUUACAAUUUCAAAUUCCGCAACAGCGACUACGCGGUGAAGGAGGGCUGCGACGAGUCCUGCGAGAAGACCCUUUUGUGUAACAUGGUGUCCACUAUGAACGGCGAUACUACUCGCUGCGAAGAGCUAAAACAACUCUACGACGGGAAUCAAUAAUCGCCGCGAUAAUUUACCGGCAAAGAAUUAGUAAAGUGUUACCACUCUA